AUGACCACUGUAGACACAUUGGAUAGCACUCGUAAUCCAAUCCGAGCAUAUAGGCAUGGGGAUGAUCAUGUAAAUGCGUCACCUUUUGACAUGGGAGCUGGUCACAUCAAUCCAAAUAAAGCAUUUGAUUCUGGUGUGCCACCGGAGGCGGAGGCACAUGGGGACCAGUCAGAAACACGACCAGACCAACCAGUUGCUUGUCUUGUGGGGUGGGGUUUGGAGAUAAUGGAAGAUGACGAGGGCAGGUGGGUGAUGAGUGGGGCGGCGGAAGCAAAGGCAGCGGAAAUUAGAGUUUUCCAGGUGAUGAAGACAAUGGAGGAUACAUAUGCAGGCAAUUGA